AUGGCUCUCGGCCGGUUCUCUCUCCUCGCUCUUGGCCUAUCCCUUCUGGGUUUCUGCCAGGCCGCAUCGGCAGCUUCCCGUUUGGCCGCGUACCCGGAAUGCGCUCAAGAAUGCCUUGUCGAAGCAAUCACCACUACCAAGCUCUGUGCUCUGACAGACCAGGAGUGCAUGUGCACCAAUGAGGCUUUCCAAGACAAUGUCACUAGCUGCGUCACGACAUCCUGCACUGUCAUCGAGUCACUCACUACGAAAAAUGCGACCACUACAGCCUGCGGAGCCCCCGUCCGGGACCGAUCCCAUGAGCUUGUCAUCGUCAGCCAGGUCAUGAUCAUUGUUGCCUCUUGCUUCGUCAUCGCCCGUCUGGUUCACAAGAUCAUCAUCAUGAAGGUUGGCCUAGCUCUUGACGAUUGGCUCAUCAUCGCCACAAAGUUAGCGACCGCACCGAGCGUCGUCAUCAUCGUAUAUGGAACGACUGCCAACGGACUCGGAAAGGAUAUCUGGACUUUGACGGCGCAGCAAAUCACCAACGUCCUCCGAUACUUUUACGUCAUGGCCAUACUCUAUUUUCUGCAGACAACAUUGGUCAAGCUAUCGAUCAUCAGCUUCUAUAUGCGUGUUUUCCCUGCGAGGAGAACAAGACGACUUCUUUGGGGCACCUUUGUCUUUACUUCGCUAUGGGGUCUCGCCUUUGUUUUAGUCGCCUUGUUCCAAUGCUGGCCUAUUGAUGCUUUCUGGACACGGUGGGAGGGGUCAACAGAAGGACGCUGCGUGAACGCCAACUCCAUGGCUUGGUCCAAUGCGGCCAUCAACAUCGCUCUCGACCUCUGGGUGCUAGCUAUCCCCAUGUGGGAGCUCCGAUGCCUGCAGCUCCAUUGGAAGAAGAAGGUUGGCGUUGCGCUAAUGUUCUGUGUUGGCACGUUCGUCACCGUCACGAGCAUUCUGCGUUUGCAGUCCCUCAUCACAUUUGCUGCUACGUCCAACAGCACCUGGGAGUUUUUCAGCGUUUCCCUUUGGUCGACUGUUGAGAUCGCCGUCGGCGUCAUAUGCGCCUGUCUGCCGACCGUGCGCCUCCUCUUUGUCAAGAUAUUCCCUGCCCUCGGCGGCUCUACCUAUCGCAAGACUGCCUCUUACCGCCAUUACGGAACCGAUGGACCCUCUGGCGGGUCUGCUGUCCACGGCACUACGGCUCAGGUUGUCUCCAUGGAUAGGCUCGAGUCUAACCGCAGCAGCGGCGGGAACUCAGGUACGGACGGGCAUUCCGGUAUCAUCUUUCACAAGACUUAUGACGUCCAGUUUACGGAUAAUGACGAAGAAGGAUUGGUCAAUGCCCCACGCCGAGGUGUUCCGGAUGCAGCCCUGUAG